AUGGCUCCAGUCUCUCUUCACCAGUCAUCACAUCCGUUCCUGACGCCUACGCGCGCAUCGGAUAUAUCCUCAUGGACACUAUCAGUGCCCGAACGGAGUUCGAACUCCUCCACUCAGUCUACCGAUGCCCAGUCACGUCAAGCUGCCAUCGAAGCCUAUCGACAGAUGAAAGCCGCCCUUUUCUCCAGGUCUCUCCAUUCAAACCUCUCCCGGUCUACCUAA